GUCCUGGCACCGCGUGGUGGUUCGAUGGGGGCCUGGGGGGACCGUGCCAGGUCGGUGGCGACCGCACUGCAGCUUCGAUUCCGCACUGUACGGCGCUGUGCUGUGUUGCUCUGCGCUUACUGUACCUAUGUACUGUAUUGACUGUACUCGUAUCUACUAUGUGCUCGUAGUGGAAACGAUUGACUGGAUCCAUCAUCUACAGUAUUGAAUUGAAUGCUUGCAAGCGGCCUCUGCGCAGUGACAAAUGAGUCUCAUUCGCCACAAAGCUCGCCCGACUCCUGCUACAGAUUCUCAGACCAGGUCUCACUCUCACCCAAGAAAGAGAGAGAGAGUGACAGAGAACCCCCCAGAUUCUGUUGUCGUGCACGGACAGGCGGAUGCAGUCGCUGCUCGUACAUGUACCAGGUUGGUCUGGUAUUCCGUACAGGUAUUGCUGCACACCCACGCCCGCAUUCACACAGAGUACGGAGUACAGGCACUGGCUACCUGGCAACUGAGACAUGCCCGCAGACUGGACUGGAUGCAGCUCUCAAACCCCAAACCGCGCGCAUCCAAGACCCUACAGUAGGACAUGCAUACACGCUCCUACAGUGUCCGCGCCCGGCAUUCACCAUACUGUACGAGCACAGUGCGGCGCCGUACGAGUCCACGCUGGACCGGCUGGUUUUGCCAUUGAGUCCGCCUCUGCCCCUGCAUGGCUGGCCGACGACUGUGCAAGCAUCCAUGGAUCUCUCAUGUCCCAGCAACUCAGCGCCCCAUCGCCAACUGGAGCCUCUCAUCCACAGCGUGCCAGAAUCAGCGCCACCAGCGUGGAUGCUCUGCGCUGGCCGGUACCAGCAAAUUGCGUGGCUGACUGCGUGGAGGACAAGUCACCUACUGCGUGUCCACGUCUUGCACUGUGGACUCACGGCUUCACCCCAAGAAAUUAAAGGCAGAAUAUCCAUUCAUGGUCAGUGCCGCUGGAGCUUUGUGUACGAGUACAGUAAACUGGACCUUGACAAUACACACUGUCCGAAUACUGUACAAAUCACAACAUACGGGCGCUCGUACAGACACAGUACCAAGUGCGAAAUAACGGAUCGCUCUUCGUUGGGGCCCAGGAUCUGCCGGCCGGACCUCAACUGGGCCCCCUCGUGGUUGCUGGCCCAUUCCAGCUCGCCAACAAACGGCAUCAAUGAUCACUUGACUGCGUCGUUUUCGCGGCUAGUGCGCCGUCGGUACGUGAGACUGCUAGUCCGCGAUCUGCUGCUGACCAACUCGGUGCCAAUCCUCCAAGCGAUGCCGCCUCGCUUUUGGCACCUGGUGCCGAGCACACCGCGGACAUGGAGCAUCUCUCUUCAUGGUGAAAUUUCGCCAUCAUCUGCUCGGAAAUUGGGGCAAUUCCGGCUGUCUGUUCGUUUGGGUAUUUUCUGGUCCGGCGCCUGGGGUGCUGUUGAGAUGUCCACCUCGUGA